AUGGCCCCGCCGAGGCCAGGACAGAGAAUGGCCCCUCGAGCAGGAGAUGUCAUCGAGUCGCAGUGCCACGAUGAGGGAACCGACCAAAGCGAGGCCGCCUUCCGUGUCUCUGCUGUGUACGCCCCCGACGCGGACGGGCAUUUCGCCAAUGGUGAGUUGUUAUUAUGCACCGGCCAGUACCUCCAGUGGUAUGAAGAGCAUGUUAGAAUGUUGGCAGUUAUGGUGCUCGCCGCGUACGUCGGCUAUUUCAUGUCUGCGCUGGCGAUGCCGCUCUCCGCCCAUCUGCUGCCGCUCGGGACGUCGAGGUGA